AUGAUGAGAGAAAUUGAAGCUUUGGAGCGAAAACUUUUCUUUGAGCAAGUUGCUCUGAAUGUUACAGAAAAUAGAUGUGACUUUCUGGAUGACAACUACCGUCUUCUUCAUGACAAUGAGACGAACCUUUACUGGCAGAAGUCAUCCUGUCAAACAAACCUAAAGGCCUUGAAAAAGAAACAAGAGGCCAUUCAGUUCAGUCGAUUCAAAGACGAGAAUCCGCUGGAACAGUGGGUCGUCUGCUCGCUUCCAAAUCUUUACUUCGGAAGAGCUGAAACCUUAUCAUCAUGGCAUCAGUGUUCUCUUAGUUGA